GGAUUUCCCUGCAACGUGCAUGGCCACGUGACGUGAAACAGAUGCGGGGAAUGCAGGUCAGGAGAAAAACUACAUUUUACACGUAGAAUAACGGCAACUGGAGAUCGAAUAUAAAGUUUCAGCACCUAAUUAGUUCUCAGGAAUAAGGUGUAUACCAAUAUGGCUGUUGAUUCCAGUGCAGUUGUGCAACAUGCAAAAGUUCCAGACCUUCGGGAAUUUGGGAAAGGUGACUGCCAACCAGUAUCCAUACCUACUGGACAUAGGUUAAUUGAAGUAGAGUCCUUCGAACGGAACCUGGACGAGAUAGUUACAAAAUCCUUGCCUGUCCUCGAGGUUACACACGGAGUGAGGAAAAACGAUGACGUUUUUGCUGAGAGUAACAAGCCGUCCAUGUCUAAUUCUUUAAGUUCUGAAUGUGCAAUAGAGGUCAAUGCGAACACUUCUCUGGGAAACAAAAACCCCGAGGUAACUGGAAAAGUGGAGCACCCCACCUCAAAAACUGCAAGCUCAUUGGUUGAAGUAAGUGAACAUUACAGAGAAGCUUCAUCAAUCACCGACAGCUCUAGUGAUCAGAAUGAAAAUUCCGUUUUGAUAACAGAAACGCAAAAUGAACUUUCUUCUUGCAAUGGCACCGUCCAGACGCGUGGUGCUAACACGGAUGGAUACGUGAAGGAGAGUGUUAAUAAAAGAGACGUCUGUGGUAAGAAAGAGAUCAUUGGUGGCGGCGGCGGGGAUCAAAGUAGCAGUUGUGGCAAUUACGUUCACAAAAAUGAUGUGACUCAUUCAAAUAACCAAACAUUACCUUCAGGCCACAAUGAUGAAGAAAGAGGUGCAAGGAAACAAAAUGGCCGGCAUAACGAUAAUGGCGUAAUGGAACAUCAAACGGCACACCAAAAAGACAUCAUCGACAACACCGAAAGUACUACUGACAAUGCUAAGAAAAGUUUUGAAACGGAUCGUCGUGAAAUGUCUGAUGAUUUAAGCUUGACUGGGAUGGAACAUGGCCAGAUGAAAGAAUCCAAUGCAAUCGUAAACCAUUGUCUAACUACGCAACAGGACAACAGUAGUAAAGAACAUGUGGAAACAAUAGGGAAACUACAAAGACUGACAUAUCGCCUUCAAAGUAAAGUUCUGUUUUUACAGUCAAAGAUUGAGAGUGAUAAAAAAUUGAAGUUAGAAAUUGGACAGCUCAAACACGCAAACAAACAAUGGGCCGAAUACAACAAGACGAGAGAAGAAUACGUACGCGAUCAUUUAAAGCAAAUACAUGCUCUAGAAAUUCAGUUGGCUCAAGAAAAAACUGAAAAGAAAGAGCUUGAAAAACUUUAUAAAGACUGCAAAAAUCUUCUCCAAUACCAACAACACGAAACAGAACACUACAAAGAGCAGGUUUCCUUACUGCAAGUGCAAGUCCGUCAGUUCUCUGAAGAUUUUCAAGAAGAGAAAUUGGAAAAGGAAAUCGCCAGAAGAGAAGUUCAGAGGCUGCUGGAGGAACAGUCCGUGCAUAGAUCACAGGCAAAACCACUAAAUUGCGCUGCUGAAAAUUCCCCCGCCUUAGGACAUGGAUCAGACCUUCUUAGUCUUGGUAGUCUGACCAUGGAUGGUAAUAGAGAUGAUGACGGGAUUGGAGAUGACGGAAGCGACACCUAUCGGAACCCAGUCGAGGAAUCUGCACAACGUCAGAACAGAAAUAGAACUGAUAGAGGAACCCGAAACAAUUGCGCUGAUGAGGAAGAGGCGUGUGGAGUUAAUAAUCAGUCAAGUGACAUUCGUCCAGAAGACAAUUUCAGCACGAGCCAUGAUGGUCGUCUGCGUUGCCCAAAGUGUUGGCGGGAGUAUGACGAACGCCGAUAUCUAGAACUAUUAGAACACAUUGAUAUAUGUUGUGACUGAGUUACAGUGUUGUCGGUGCACUUCAACAGCGUCUUUUUGCUGUCAAACGUGUUGCAAAACGCGUAUCGAAACCAUGAGCUUGAACAUGGGUAUUGUGAACCUCGAUUUAGCCAAGCGUUUCGAAAUCAAUUUUUGUUUUUCUUUCUACUUCCUCAUCUUUGUAAAACUUUUGGUUUUAAAAAUCAAGAGUUUCUGAAUAAAAAUAAUCUAGAAAUAUAAAGUGAAAUUGUUCUAAAAUAUCCCUUCGUUGGUCAUUCACAUACCCUGAGUACCUUAGAGGAAUGUCGCUAUAACCUCGAGCUCUAUAUCAUCAGCAUGCUUCUGACAUUUCCAGAAACGACAGAGGUUUACGGAUAAUACGGUAGUUAAUAAUAUUUGGUUGACGAAAUACCGCAGGUCAUCACGAUGCCUUACAGACAUUUAACAUAAACAGUCUA